AUGCCCACACAGUCGCGCCCACGGAGGUGGGGAUUCAUCAACGAGGGGCCGUUGAAAGAAGCUCAAGAUCCUGACCAGUCGGAGCAGACAUCGACUCCCGCACAAGUGAGCUCCAGUGCUAGUGCGCACACCUCAAUCGUCGCAGUGCAGCCAGAGAACCUGCCUCAGAGCAAUGUGAUACCUGAAUCGAGGAGUCUCGAGGCCUCUUCGCAGAUCAGCGACUCUGGGUUCACAUUUUGGUCUCCAGAAAACACAUACUCGCAAACCAGGACCACCCAAACUGCUGUGCAGUACAGCGCCAAGGACGAAUCCGCAGUCGCGGGCUUAUUAGCACUGGGCACAGGCAUGGGUGAUGCCCAUAUAAUGGGGUCCGACUUGGGUCUCUCGGAAUUUGUUGCCUCACCGACCCCACAGGAAGCAAUUCGUGCUACGGCGAUGACGCAGUCUACGUUUUCCGGUCCACGCUCGUCGACCUUCUCACCGAGAGAAGUAGGCAACACAACCGAUUCCAAGUCAACGGAAGCUUUGGAGCUACUUCGCCACUACCGCUACGAAGUAGCGCCAUGGGUAAGAGUGUUGCCCCUGGAUGCUCAGAGUAGAGACUGA